AUGGUCAUCAUGGCCGGAUUCACUAUAAUGUUAACAACAAACGCCCUUAUCUUCUCCGCCGGUAUCUAUCAAGCAAUUUACGAGGAAAUGGCCAGUGAGCCAAACAAUCCAUUUACCGGAGCCUCCUCUGCGCUGAUAGGCCUAAUUGGAACCCUAUCUAUCGGUCUCAUGUCCAUGACCGGCCCAUUCGUCAUGGUGUGGAUCAAGCUCUACCGACCCCAAGCCGUAGUAGCAGUGGCGGGGGUGCUUUUUGGCGUCGCCAAUAUCCUGGCCAGCGUGAGCCGAACCCUGUGGCAAUUCGCCCUGACCCAGGGAGUGCUGGUUGGCAUCAGCGUCUCGAUGUCCUACAUCCCGGCAACAACCACAGCGCCAACAUGGUUCAACGAACGACGCGGGCUAGCGAUGGGGAUCGUGAUCUCUGGCAGCGCAGUGGGAGGCAUGAUCUGGCCGUCGGUACUAUCCGCGAUGAUCACCCACAUAGGGUUCCGCAACGCUCUGCGUGUGUCAGGGGCCAUCUGCGCGGUGGCAAUCAUCCUCGUUUCUCCAGCGGUGAAGUGGGAACAUGGGUUCAACCAGCAACUUCAAGCCGAGCGCCAAGCCCUCCGCCAGCGAGCUGGACGCUGUGGCCGUCACAUGGGGUUUCUCCAACUGCCCCUGAUCAACUGGCGCCUCACCCUUACCAAGAAAUUCCUCGCAAAAGCGGCGGGCUGCAUGCUUCAGUCAGCUGCCUACUCGACCCCGCUGAUUUACUAUGUCGCCUUCGGCCGCUCGCUUGGCUACUCUGCUACAACUGCCUCCAAUUUCAUCACGAUAAGUAACGCGGCCAAUGCCGUCUCAAGAGUGGGGAUGGGCUACGCAGCUGAUAAAUACGGACGCAUCAAUCUGCUGUUUGUGACCACCUUCCUCAGCGCCGUCGCUGUCGCCGCAUUCUGGAUCCCUGCUAGCAUCAUUGGGGCCACAACUGCCGGUAAGGCGCUAUUCAUCGUCUUCACAAUCCUAUACGGUUCAUUCGCCAGCUCAUAUAUUGCACUGUUUCCUGCCUCGCUCGUCGAGUUAUUCGGGAAAAAGGAUUUUACCAGUGUCAACGGGGCACUUUAUCUGCUGCGAGGAAUUGGGGCGCUGCUGGGGACUCCACUGACGGGUUUAUUAAUUCCGCAGGCGCAGACGCUGACGACGCCCCAAGUGUAUGAGCGUGCAGCAAUUACAGUGAUGUCAUUAUUGUUUUCAGCGAGUUUCUGUAUACUGUGGGUGAGGUUUGAGAUGAUGGUGGGAAAGGCUUGGAGGUGGAAGAUUUGA